CGAAUUGGGACUUGAACCAGAACUACCAUUACCUCUGGCUCCUUUCCAUCUCCGCCUUCAUGAGCUCUCCCUAUAGAAUCCUACCCAUAAAUUUCUCUGUUAUUCAUCUUACUGAAUUACCAGCAUCAUGAACGCUCAGUAUACUCCGAAUCCUCAAUUCCAGCCCUACAUUCACAACGGCGAAACCUACUACCAUCAGCCUCAUCAUCCUCGACUGCCCUUUGUUCCUCAGCAAACGCAACAUCCUGUUCCAUGCAAUCCACACCAAAACAUGUUAAUUCAUCCUCAAGGCGGGUUGGCCGGCAAUGUCACCAUGGCGCAGCGACCAUGGCCAGGUCCUUCUCUCAGCCCCACGUAUCCUGUUCUGACACAAUACCCACCAUCCUCGAACGGAUACCCUUCGAAAGGGUAUGCACCUGUCGCUCCGGCACGUUCAACAACCCAGCAACUUUCUGAUACCAACGUUCCUCAUCUAAAUGUGCAUACCUUUUGGAAACAACGUCUCGCACCUCUUCCCGGUUUUUGCUCUGCUCCGGACCUCUUCAGUGUUCCAGCACCAGAGCUUUCUUUACCCACUCCACAGACUCUCCGUUCAGCCUCCAAAAAAUCCUCCCCCCGAUCAAGUUACGACGGAAACAAUUUUGAACUCGAUAUACAUGCUGAAACAUACAUUCCUCAAUACUUGAAAGAUAUUCAAAAACAACCACACAGAUUCACACCUCUUCCUUCAGUUCCUGUUUAUCCUCCAUCUUCUUAUUUCAAUGAUUUUCCCCUUUCUUCCUCAAUACUCGAAAAAUAUACAGUUUCUUGGUCUGAUUGCACGACCCUUUCUAACCCUCCUCUGCGUGAGGAUGCUCGUCUUGUUUCUAUCUCUGUUGACUAUCAGAGUCAUUGGCUGACCUUACACGCUUGGGAACUGUGCAGAAUAGCAGACGAUAAAAAGAAGAUUGUUUUAUGGAAAAUUCAAGUCGACGUUUCUAAUUGGGAAGAAGCCGAAUUCUCGAUAUUCGUACCCGGAGUACGCGAAAACUAUCCACGCCUUGAAAUUGGCGAUAUCGUACAUCUUAAAGAGAUUAUUUCGGAUUGGGGACAAGGGACGGGUAUGGCAUUUGAAGGCAGAGUCAUACUUUUAAGAAAAAGAGAGGGUUAUGUUUAUUUUCACUGCCCGCCCCUCAAAGUUUAUAUCAUGAACAAUAUUUCCCCGAAUCAACAAUCGGUAUCAAAUGAAAUAAAGACCGUCCCUCAGUGUUUCAAUGCAUCAUUUUUGGCCAACGCAGGUCCUGCCAUGGCAAUGGAAAUUGCUAUCAGAACUAUAGGUGAUGCCUCGAAGUUAACAAAGCGUUCGCUUGCACACCAAUGGAUGUUUCCUGACGCGAAUGACCUCGAGUUAUACCCUCCAGUUCCGUCAAAACCCCCGCAUGUGACGCACGAAUCCUGGGUGGAUAAAGGGUUGAACGCUGAACAGCGUAUGGCAGCGUCCACAGUUUCGCUAUAUCAAUCUCCUAUACCUUUCUUGAUCAGAGGACCGCCUGGGACAGGAAAGACGCGGACUAUCGUCGAAACCGUACACCAGAUCCUCCGCUUCCAGCCCAACGCCCAUAUAUUACUCUGCGCACCAUCCAAUCCAGCAACAGACACGCUGACGCAGAGAUUGGCAACAGUUCUUAAUCCUCGUGAGAUGCUCAGAUUGAAUGAUCCUAAUCGAACGUUUGCCGAGAUUCCUGAUGCUAUUCGACCGUUUUGUUACAUCCCUAACGACGACGGCAAGUUCGCUUUGCCGCCUUGGAAGACUUUAAUGAGGUACAAGGUUGUGGUAACUUCUUGUCUAGACGCUGCGAUGCUCGUAUCGGCGCGCUGUACGAACGUCGUCCUGGCAGCUUUAGAAGAUGAGGUGAUGGAUGGUCUUCAUCCAGAAGAUAGGAGGCCAGUUUCGCCACACUGGACGCACCUGAUGAUAGACGAGGCUGCGCAGGGGUCAGAACCAGAACUUCUCGUUCCCAUUUCGGUUGUAUAUACUCGUCCAAAGCAGGAUGGGAAAGAGCAUGCUGAUACAACCCGCACGCCCCCCCCUGAGUACCAUCCUUUAGUGACAAUGCCCCAACUCGUUCUCUGCGGGGAUUCGAAUCAGUUGGGACCCAUCAUUGUCUCAGACGUAGCUCGCCAAAACGAGCUGGACGUUUCACUUCUGGAGCGCUUAUUAGAGAGACCCGUGUACGCUGAACAUCCCGAAGCUCGUUCACAAGCAGUACAUCCGAUUACACUAGAAUGGCAAAAUGGCGGAUUACCUGCGUUCAAACCAUUCGUAAACCUUACCAAGAAUUAUCGCUCGCAUCCCGCCAUUCUAAUGCCUCCCUCUGCGAUGUUUUACAACGAUAGUUUAGAGCCGUGCGCUGCCAACGGACUUAUCGCUUGGGCUCAACUUCCCAAUCCAUCGUUCCCACUCGUAUUUAUAGGAACGAAUACCAAAGAGGAUUCGAUUCACGAGGUACGUUCUACGGAUUUGAAUAGCAUUUUUAGACUUUGUUUUCGUGCACAGAAAACGACAUGGUACAACGCUGGCGAGAUUGAACGCAUUGCCGACGUCGUUUUCUCACUUAUGGAGGAGGCAAAUAAGUCUUCGCCCCCUUUGCAGCUUCAAGAUAUCGGAGUGAUGGCGCCAUGGAGAGAACAGGUAUGGAGACUCAGAGAAGACUUCAGGAAACGGGGGUUUGGCAGGGUGGAUGUCGGAAGCGUCGAAGUAUUCGAUUUUCCUCAUUCAGUUUCAUAUAUUCAUUGCAGGGGACCUCUAGGACUUCCAGGGGCGCGAAAAGAGGGUCGUAGUGAUUUCUUGUGUUCGAUCUACAUCCAAGUAUCUAGCGGAAGAUACUGCGAAAGGGAUCGGCUUAGUUUUCGAAAGAAAAAGAAUGAACGUCGCCAUAACUCGAGCCCGGGAACUGCUGGUGGUUGUUGGCAACGGUGCCCUGUUGAGUGUCGAUCCAUACUGGAAAGGAUUUUUACAGUUUGCAAUCAGAAAUCGCCUGUAUGUUGGGCCGGAUCUCCAAAUCGAGAUGGAUGGUGCUUGGAUAUCCAGGCUCGAGUCUCUGCACCUCCAGGCACAAGAAGAAAACGGCUUCAUCGACCCAGAUGACUCGGAGGAUAAGCGGGCGAUGAUACUUGCGGGCGGUGUGGCGAGAGACGUUCUACGAGAACAUGAAUAAGUAGCGGGGUUGCGAUGAUUGUUUCGGUGUUGGACGUUUGUUAUUUAAGUAUCUAUGAUACUCCGUCCUAUAAUGUAGUUCUAGGUACGUCUCGUAUUUACAUAAUCGGAUCUAGCGAUUGUAGCCACUCCAUCUUACCCCGGCGUUUAGCAAGG